AAAUGCCCAGGAGUGUGUGUCACCUGCCCCGACGACGCGCUGCCUCCCAGGAGCGCCGCCUUAGGGGGACCCCCGAGAGCCGCGGCCGCUGCCGGGACCCCGCUCCGCAGCCAUGAGCAAGCUGGGCAAGUUCUUCAAGGGGGCGGGCUCGUCCAAGACCCGGGCGGCUCCCAGCCCCCAGGAGGCCCUGGCCCGCCUGCGGGAGACCGAGGAGAUGCUGGGCAAGAAGCAAGAGUACCUGGAAAGCCGAAUCCAGAGGGAGCUCAGCCUGGCCAGGAAGCACGGCACGCAGAACAAGCGAGCUGCAUUGCAGGCACUAAAGAGAAAGAAGAGGUUUGAGAAGCAGCUCGCACAGAUUGAUGGCACACUUUCCACCAUUGAGUUCCAGAGAGAAGCCCUGGAAAACUCACACACCAACACCGAGGUGUUAAGGAACAUGGGCCUUGCGGCAAAAGCGAUGAAAGCCGUUCAUGAAAACAUGGAUCUGAACAAAAUAGAUGAUUUGAUGCAGGAGAUCACAGAGCAGCAGGACAUUGCCCAAGAAAUCUCCGAAGCCUUUUCUCAGCGGGUUGGAUUUGCCGAUGGCUUCGAUGAGGAUGAGUUGAUGGCAGAACUUGAGGAAUUGGAGCAGGAGGAAUUAAAUAAGAAGAUGACAAAUAUCCGACUUCCAAGUGUGCCUUCCUCCUCCCUCCCAGCACAGCCAGAGAGAAUGCCAGAGAGAAUGCCAAGCAGAAUGCCAGGCAGAAUGCCAGGCAGAAUGCCAGGCAUGUCCUCCACUGCACAUCGAUCCCGAGCAGCAUCUUCCAGGAGGGCAGAAGAAGACGAUGAUGACAUCAAAAAAUUAUCAGCUUGGGCUACUUAAAGUGAAAUGAAAUUUUUUGACACCUGCAUUAACAGUUCUACAAAAGACAUAAAAAAUAUUUUUGCCAAGUUCAGACGUUAACAGAGACUCUGUUUUAUAAUUACACUGGAUGAAUAAUUGUCUUUUAAGCCUCCUAAGUAAAAGUGUAAAAAGGAGUUGUGUGCAGACAUAGAGUCAGGGAUGCAAAGGGGCUUCCUGGCGGCGUCUCGGCAGAUCCCUCCGUAUUGAUGGAGGGGGCAUUCCACCAUGUUCACUGCCAUAUUUCCCGUCCUGGCACAUAGUUGGUGUUCUAUAUGUAUUUGUUGAAAGAAAACGGAGUUCUAUGAACACAUAAAACAUAUGACGAUUUAUAAGCCAUUUCAGAGUGCUACAUUUAGAAUGGCUAGGGAAAAUCACUUUCCUUUCUAUGCAAAUGCACGUUUGCUGUGUGCCUCCGUGUUGGAAGAGAUGGAGCCAUGGGAAAUGUAAAUGCACUGUGGAGAGUGUCUCUUUCAGGAGAGACUUCUUGGAGAGACGUCUUGUUUGCUCUG